AUGCACGACUUUCCCACUCCCGAAUCUCUUACUGGCAAAAAUGUCGAAUCCCAUCUGCGAGAGCUAGGUUUCGGCUAUCGUGCGAAAUAUAUUGCGGAUACGGCUCGCGUAGUUGCCCUUCAGAAACCAGCCUCAUGGCUUGAAUCGCUCCGUAAUCCUCGACACUCUGGGCCUAGACUGUCGUCAAGUGCGGGCAGUAGCAAUCCAACAUACAAGGGAGCCCACGAAGCACUGCUGUCAUUAACUGGUGUCGGACCAAAGGUCGCUGACUGCAUAGCCCAGAGAGAUUACAAAUUUGGCAAGUCAAAAGCAAAGACGUUCAACAAAGCAAUGUAUGAUGCAGUCGGUGACCAUUUUCGGACCAUUUGGGGUGACUAUGCAGGAUGGGCGCAUUCGGUAUUGUUUACGGCUGAUCUCAGAGAGUUUUCAAAUCGCACAGGCAAGACUCAAAUGGUGGAAGGGGUCGAAGGAGUCGAACCGGUCCAGAUGAAAUCCGAGAUCCAGGAAGAAGUAGUACUGAGUGGACCAAGAAAGAGGCAAUCAGCUGUUGAUGAUAUAACGAGAAGCAAUGCAGUGGUAGAAAACGUAGGAGAGCGCAAAAUUAUCGAGGCGAUCUCCUCACAGAAGCGCAGAAAGACUCGGGGGAGCUCCUAG